AUGGCGCUGCCGCAGCAGGACGCCGAGGCGACGCUCGCCAUGAUGAACGAGAGCCUGGCGUACCUGGACGGGCUGGACUACGUCGAGGGCUACGCGUGGUUCGGCGCGUUCCGCGAGGACGAGGCCAACGCGUGGACCGGCGACGCCGUGUCGCUGUUUGACGGCGACGGCGGCCUGACUGAUCUCGGGGCCCUGUACCUCGGCGGCGAGGAGCGGGGGUUCGAGACCGGCCAGAAGGGCGAGGGCAACUUUGCCAGCUCCCUGUCGCCGGCCGGCCUGCUUCCGUGGGUGACCGUCUUUGGUGUCAUUGCGGCGUUGUGGUAG